AUGUAUUCAUCGGUAGGGGCAGUAUUUUGCACCCUUCUAGCCAGCUCUUCGGCAUUCCAGAGCUUCGAGCUUCGAGCAUCCACAAAUACGUCUGAUCCUUCGACGGCCUGCAGUGUCCUCAAGCAAUCAUAUCCAAACAUUACAUUCCUCCCAGAGGAUGACAGAUAUACUACCGAAAACGAAGCUUCAUGGACCUCAGCAGCAUGGCUCGGACCCGCCUGUAUCUUUGCCCCGGCCUGCGCGAAUCAACUUUCAUUCGCCGUGAAGACCUUGGUCAAUACUUCGACAUUGUUUGCCAUGCGUGGAGGCGGUCACAUGCCGAUCUCGGAUGCCGCAAAUAUCAACUCUAGCGGGGUCCUAAUAUCCAGCACGAACUUGAAUACCCUUCAGCUGUCUGACGACAAGCAGACCAUGUCCAUCGGUCCAGGGCCACGAUGGGGCGAUGUAUUUAAUUACUUGGAAGGCACGAACUUAACAAUCGUUGGCGGAAGACUGGGUCCAGUGGGCGUGCCUGGCUUGCUAUUAGGCGGCGGUAUUUCCUGGUACAGCUAUAAGUACGGUAUGGCAUCUGCAGGCGGGAAGAUAAAAGCAUAUGAGGCUGUCCUCGCAGACGGGACCAUCGCAACCAUCACCGCUAAUUCCUCCUACUCCGACCUCCAUUGGGCCCUCCAAGGCGGCGGAAACUCCUUUGCACUAAUAACCCGCUUCGACUUACAGACUUUCCCCUCCGGCCCUACCCUCAUGGCAGAAGCCUCAUACGGCUCCUCCAACACCACCCGCGACGCCUGGCUCUCUGCAAUCCUAAACUUCGCGCUCACUAGCCACGAAGACACGUCCGCUGCAAUCAUACCGGUAGCUAGAUGGGGACCAAAUUCAACAGCUCCGAGCUACGAAACCACGCUCUUCUAUGCCAAUUCCGUCGCUCCUUCAACCGGCGUAUUCGCGGAAAUGGUGAACGGAAAUACCACAACGGGGUUGAAAGCGCUGAACGGGUCUUCAACACUGCAACCACUGACACUUGCGCAAUAUGGAGCCGCUGUUCGUCCAGCGUUUAAACCUGGCGGAGAAUCCUACGGCUUGCGGCAGAAAUUCCGGGUUAUCAGUACGAAAGCAACGAUGGAAGCUUUGCGCAUUGUCCACGAUACAUACAUAGCCGGACUAAAAUCCAGCGGGAUAGCGAACCGGCUCCCAGGCUUCUUUUCUGGCCUUGCAUUCAACGCUGUCACCAAAACGUUUGCAGAGAAAUCGGCGGGUAUGCCGCAGAAUGUUCCCCCCGAGCCGGCGUUUUGGAUCGAGCAGAGUUUAACAUGGGAGGCUGCGGAAGAUGAUAAAGAGGUUGAAGAGUGGCUGUCUAGGGUUGAUGAGGAGAUUUAUGAGAAGCUGGAGGAAGUGGGAGGUGCAGGCAGGUAUGUGUAUUUGAAUGAUGCGGAUAAGGGGCAGGCAGUUUUUGAAGGCUAUGGGGAGGAGAAUGUAAGGAAGCUGAAAGAGAUUAGGGGGAAGUAUGAUCCUGGGAGGGUUUUUACAGAGCUUAUGCCUGGGGGUUUUAAGGUAGAAGGGUCGUAG